GUGGAGAUGUGUGUGUCUGGUUGUACAUCUGUCCUUAGGCGACCAUCUCUUUUGGGGGUGGGGUCGUAUGUUUGUAUGGUUUGCUGGUGUGUAUCUGCAGCUGUGGGUCUGUGUGGCUGUCUAUUUGCUGGCUACACAUUGGCAGGGUCGGGGUGAGGGGCUGUUGUGAGAGGAUCCAUCAGGAGUGUACCUAUGGAAGGCGUAUGGGUGUGCACAGGCGAUUCAGUGGGGUUGUAAGUGUGUGGGGCUGUGCUGGAGGGAUGUGUAUGUCCACAGGUGUGAGUUGGUCCAGGUGUGAACCUGAGUGUGUUUGUGACUGUGUGUAUGUGCGCCUGCAGGGCUGCAGGGGAGGGUGCGAGGCUUCCAUGUACAGUAGUGCAGACUGUGCACUGCACAACUCCAGGGGCCACCAUUCAGAAAGCUGGCCAUGUGAUUGCUGCUUCUUGGAGUUGCAUGGCAUGGUGGCAGCCCUGUGGGAGGACGCCUGUGUGGAAAUGAGUGUGCACGGGAGUGUCUGCGUUGGGGGUGCGUACGCCCGUGGGUGGAGGUUUGUCUGGGAACAUGGGAGUCUGAGGGUGACUGUGUCUCGGGGUGUGUUGAGCAUCUGAGAAUGUGACUGUGUCUCUGAGUGUGGGUCUGCGAUGGUGUGUGGGCGUGAGUGUGCGUCUUACCUUAUGGAUUAGUCAGGGUACGUUUGUGUGUAAGGCUGCACGAGUAUUUGUGUCUAUUUGAAAGUCUGUCCGUGGGUAUGUUGAGUGUGUCUGUAAGUGUGUCUAGUAUCUGGGUGUUCGUCCCUCAGUGUGUGUGUCUGCACGUGCGGGUGUGGGUCUGUGUUCUUGGAAGAGGUGUGUCUGAAGGCGUUUGUAUGUCUGUGUGCUCAACUAUGUGUCUAUAGAUGUGUUGGACCUCAGAGUUGUGACUGUGUGUGUGUGGUCAGUGUAGGACUGAAAGCAUUUUCCAGCGUGUCCAGUAUCUGGCUGUGUUGGUGUGGAAGGUGUGUCUCAGAGCGUUCGUGUGUCUGUGAGUGUGUGGAGCCCCUGGGUGUGUGUCUUUGUCUCUGGGUGCGUGCAUGGAGAGGGCCCGUCCUCACGAGGGGGUGUGUCCCCCUGCCUGUCCAUGCGUCCCUCCUGGGUCCUGGCUGAGGCCCACGGGCUCCUAUGCCCCUUUAACGCCCCCCCACCCCAGGCACCACCUGACAUCGCAUGCAGCCUGCCAGUGCUGCAGUGAGCACGCACACGCACGCACACACACACACAGGCGGACACACGGAGCCAGAGCCUCUGAAGCGUCCUCCCAGGACCCUCGCCCUGCACCCCCCCCCCAUGGGCAGGGGUCCCCGGCCGCCUCCAGCUGCCGCCUCCGGGGGCCCCAGCGGGGCCAGAGGCUGGCGGACCAUGUAACCAGGGCUGCCACCGGGAGGGGAGCGCGGAGGGGAAGGGAGCCCCCAGCCCUGCUGGGCCGGCCCAGGCCCCUCCGCGGCUCCCCCUUCCACUGCCCACCUGCCCAGCGCCCCGCCCCCCGACGGUGGCGGUUAACCCCGGGAGCCCCCAAGCCCAGCGUGCGUGUGUGGCAGCCCCGAGUAGGGCUAAGCUUCCAAGAUGCCCUUGGUGGAUUUCUUCUGCGAGACCUGCUCCAAGCCGUGGCUGGUGGGCUGGUGGGACCAGUUCAAGAGAAUGCUCAACCGUGAACUCACACACCUGUCCGAGAUGAGCAGGUCAGGAAACCAGGUCUCUGAGUACAUCUCCACCACGUUCCUGGACAAGCAGAAUGAAGUGGAGAUCCCAUCACCCACCAUGAAGGAUCGAGAAAAACAGCAGGCGCCACGGCAGAGACCCUCCCAGCAGCCCGCGCCCCCCGGGCCGCAGUUCCAGCCCAUGUCUCAGAUCACGGGGGUGAAGAGGCUGGCGCACAGCAGCAGCCUGAACGAUUCCAGCGUCCCCCGCUUCGGGGUGAAGACCGACCAAGAGGAGCUCCUGGCCCAAGAACUGGAGAACCUGAACAAGUGGGGCCUGAACAUCUUUUGCGUGUCGAAUUACGCCGGCGGCCGCUCGCUCAGCUGCAUCAUGUACACAAUAUUCCAGGAGCGGGACCUGCUCAAAAAGUUCCGCAUCCCGGUGGACACGAUGGUGACAUAUAUGCUGACCCUGGAAGACCACUACCACCCGGAUGUGGCCUACCACAACAGCCUGCAUGCCGCCGACGUGCUGCAGUCCACCCACGUGCUGCUGGCCACGCCUGCUCUGGACGCUGUAUUCACGGACCUGGAGAUUCUUGCCGCCCUGUUCGCGGCUGCCAUCCACGACGUGGACCACCCCGGGGUCUCCAACCAGUUCCUCAUCAACACCAAUUCGGAGCUGGCGCUCAUGUACAACGACGAGUCGGUGCUGGAGAACCACCACCUGGCCGUGGGCUUCAAGCUGCUGCAGGAGGACAACUGCGAUAUCUUCCAGAACCUCAGCAAGCGCCAGCGGCAGAGCCUGCGCAAGAUGGUCAUCGACAUGGUGCUGGCCACGGACAUGUCCAAGCACAUGACCCUCCUGGCUGACCUGAAGACCAUGGUGGAGACCAAGAAAGUGACCAGCUCGGGGGUCCUCCUGCUGGAUAACUACUCCGACCGCAUCCAGGUCCUGCGGAACAUGGUGCACUGCGCGGACCUCAGCAACCCCACCAAGCCGCUCGAGCUGUACCGCCAGUGGACGGACCGCAUCAUGGCCGAGUUCUUCCAGCAGGGUGACCGGGAACGCGAGCGGGGCAUGGAGAUCAGCCCCAUGUGCGACAAGCACACGGCCUCUGUGGAGAAGUCGCAGGUGGGUUUCAUCGACUAUAUUGUGCACCCGCUAUGGGAGACGUGGGCUGACCUGGUCCACCCGGACGCCCAGGACAUCCUAGACACGCUGGAGGACAACCGGGACUGGUACUACAGCGCCAUCCGGCAGAGCCCGUCGCCACCGCCCGACGAGGAGGCCAGGGGGCCGGGCCACCCGCCCCCGCCUGAUAAGUUCCAGUUCGAGCUGACGCUGGAGGAGGACGUGGAGGAGGAGGCGGCGUGUCCUGCCUUGGGCGCCGGUGGAGCGGAGGAGUCGCCCGCGGCCCGGGAGGCAUCCCCAGCUGAGGGACUCUUGGAGGUCCCCGGCCAGGACGUGGACGUGUGCAUGGAGCGCGAGGUGCAGGAAGUGUGCUGGAGGCGGCGGGCAGACUCGGCGCACAGUGUGGCUGCGGGCCGCGAGGAGUCCUCGUCCCCGGAUGCGUCCGCCGAGGCUGUGGGCUGCAGCAGCCCCCGUGUGCCUGCCUUGAGGACCCUGCCCCCUCCAGAGGAGGCCCCGGGCCGCUCGGGCCUCCCCUCCACGGCGGCCGAGGUGGGGGCCCAAAAGGAUCAUCAGGCUGCCAAGGGGGCGCGCUGUGCCUGCCCAGGGACCCCCGGCGAGGACGCCCCCGCGCCCCCAGCUCCUGGCGGGAGGGGGCCAGCUGGAGGCCCUCCCUGAGCCCCCGCCCCCGCCCGCCGUGGCCCCUCUGCCUCCCUUCACCGCCGUCACCCCCCCACGACCCCUCCACUGCCUCAAAGACUCCUGGGCCUCCUGAGAAAAAAGAAAACAGAAAAGUGGGGUUUUUUCUCUUUUCUUUUUUUCCUCCCUCUCCCCCAACCCCCACCCACGGGGCCUCCUUUUGGAGGUGGGGGCUGGGGGACGAAGGCGCUGAGGUCCCGGAUGGGAUUUUAUUUUUGGAAUUUUAAUUGUGACAUUUUUAGAAAAAGAGAAAAAAAAAAGAAAAAAAAAAUCCAGGAUGAAACACAGCAACUGUAGAUGCCCCUGUGUCCGGCUCCCCCUCCGUCAUCUCCAGCCACCGCCCCCCACCCCGAGCUUCCAGGCGCCGUCUUCCGGGCUCAAGGGCCCUCCGCCUGGCCCAAGAAGCCCCCUCCAGCCUUCUCUUCUGGAUUUGGGAGGGUAGUAGAACUCAGCCAGAAAUAGCCAUUCUGGGCGGGGGCCCCGGCUGGUGAGGGGGUCACGGUGGGAGGCCCCAGCUCCCCUCUGGCUCGCUGCGCCCCCCCCCCCAGAAGUCUUCCGCCUCAUUUUGCACAAACCUGGCAAUACUGACUCGGGGACCGCAAGGGGGAGGUUGGUCUUCGGGCUGCAGCCCCCGGGGUGGGAGGGACGGUCACACCACCAGCCUGGGGGCUACGGUCUCAGGAGGGCCUGAUCCCCCCUUCUCUUCCCACUCCCCUCCCCUCAACUUUGGGUUCCGUUCGAAUUUUCCCCAUCUGGGGGGGACGGCUCCCAGCCGCAUCCCUCUGCCUAGCUGCUUCUCCUCUUGUUUCUGCCUUAAUGAUCCCCACGGCCAUAGGAGAGGGGGUCGCAGUGGCUCGCCCCCCUGCACCUCGAGUGGGGCGGGGCCAGGCCCGGAGCCCCCAUCCUGGGCACCCCCCUCCCCAGCAUCCUCCUGCUCACCCCCCCGCCCCCCCGUGCCCUAGGAAGAAGCAAUAAUGGUGUACACCCACAUCCCCUUUCUGGGCAGCCUUUCCCUACCCGGGCCCCAUCGCCCUCCACCCUGCCAAGCCUCCCCCUCGCUCCCUAGCUGCUCCCUGAGCAAUACGACAGACGGAUGCAAGGCCAUUUUUCUCCAAGCCAUGGGGGACCCUCUGGAAGGAAAGAUGCCGUCUUCCCUCUGCUCUGCCCCUCUCCCGGUUCUGCCGCUGCAGGCCGGUCCUCUCUCAUCGCCUCCCGUCCCCUGCGGAGCACACGGUACUGUAGCCCCCAGCUCCCCGCAGCCUCCAUCAGUCUGUCCAUCUCCGUGGGGAGGACCGCCCGCUCCCGCCCCCAAGAUGCUGUACAGGGUUCAUUUUUGUAGCCAACGUAGUUUCUGUCCCAGCCGGCGACCGGAGUGGGCCUUUUUGUUGUUGUUUUCUUUCUUUUUUUUUUGUACAUACUGUAAGGUUGGUUUGUAAAUUAUUCUACAGAGGCAAAAAGGGAAAAUAAACUCGCCCUUCCCCCGCUGACCAGCAGGGGAAGGAGGGCAGGGGGUCUCCCAGAGGGAGAGCCCCCCUUCCCGCUGUAUUAUACAAACUGUACCAUGGACCCCGAAAGGGGGAACUCGGCGCCGGUUUGCACGGGGACUCAUGGCAUCGGAGGGGGCGAGGGCUGGACAGAGCCUGCCCCCUCCCCGUCCCCAGGGCCGGAUGUGACCGGCGAGAGGGCCCCCCACCCCCCCAUCAGGGCUCCUGUCUCCGGGGGUGCACAGGCCCCCCCGUGUGCUGCUCGCGUGUUGUCCACUUUGACGAUCAUUGAGUCUGAUCGAUAAUCAAUCCUUUGAUCUUGUCUCCAAUUAAACUGAGGCUUUCACGAA